CAUUCUUCCAAGGGUUUGUAGAUGCAUCAACUACGAUGCAAACGCUCAUACAACAGCAUGAUAAAGCAAUUGAUAGCUGGCGUGAGAAAGAACUGAAAGCAGAUUAUGAAGCAAUUCACUCUACUCCAGUUAUGAAAACUCCCUCUCCCAUGGAAAAGCAAGCUGCUAGCCUGUAUACAAGGGCAGCGUUCAACAAGUUCCAGGACGAGUUUGUUGAGACCCUUGCAAAUCCUGCAAGUAGGAUUAGUGAUUCAGGAACUCACACCACUUACCGUGUGGCUAAGUUCGGAGAAGUUCACAAAGGUCAUACGGUCAAUUUUGACGCUCUUGAGGUGAAAGCUAUUUGCAGCUGUCAAAUGUUUGAGUAUUCAGGGAUUAUUUGUAGGCACAUAUUGGCGGUGUUCAGGGCCAAUAACGUUUCUACUCUU